GUCCCCGCGCUCCGGAGCCCCCCCGGUCGCGGCCCCGGGGCGGUGUCGCGGUGCGGGCGGGAACCGCGGGCUGAGUCACGGGCAGGAAACCGCGCGGUUGCAUCAGAAGCGGUGCGGCCGGAGCAGCCGGAAAAYCGCGCUCCAUCCCCGCCGGCAGCAUGGAAAAAACCGCCGAUCCCGGUUCUCCCGGUUCCCCGGGCUCCUCCGGCGCCUCGGCGGCUCCGCGCUCCGCGCCCGCGCUGACGGAGGAAUUGCUGUGCCCCAUCUGCUACGAUCCUUUCCGGGAAGCCGUGACCCUCCCGUGCGGUCACAAUUUCUGCAAAGGCUGCGURAGCAAAUCGUGGGAGAACCGGCGGCGCUGCUGCCCGCUGUGCAAGGAAAAUUCCACCGCGGAGGAUCUCCGCGUCAACCACACCCUCAACAACCUGGUGGAGCUCAUCCUGAAGGAGGAGGGGAGGAGGAAAGGGCGCGGAGCCGCGCUUUGCCCGCUCCACCGCGAGGAGCCCAAGUUUUUUUGCCUGGAGGACAAGGAGCUGGCGUGUUUCGCCUGCCAAAAUUCCAAGCAGCACCAGGGGCACAAGAUGAGGCUGGUGCAGGAAGCGGCGGCGGAUUUUAGGGCCAAGCUGGCGAACAUGGAAUCCUCCCUGCGGGACAAGGCCAAGGAUUUCGGGACCGUGCGCCGCUCCUACGAGUCCAUCUCCCGGCACAACAAGGUGAGUGUUCCCUCCUGGAGCUGGGAUUGAUCCCGAUCCCAAUCC